CAUCCAUGAAGUGGAGGACAAUCCCUCCGGUCAUAUUCUGGUCAUGAAGGGAGCUCCGGAGAGGAUCUUGGACAGGUGCAGCAGCAUCAUGCUCCACGGCCAGGAGCAGCCGCUGGACCCGCCCUCCAGGGACGCCUUCCAGAGGGCCUACAUGGAGCUGGGCGGACUCGGGGAGCGAGUGCUCGGCUUCUGCCACCGGAGUCUGUCGCCGUCCCAGUUCCCCCGAGGAUUCGCCUUCGACAGCGACAACCCCAACUUCCCCACCGAGCAGCUCUGCUUCCUGGGCCUGGUGUCCAUGAUCGACCCGCCGCGCGCCGCCGUGCCCGACGCCGUGGGGAAAUGCCGCUCCGCCGGCAUCAAGGUGAUCAUGGUAACGGGGGACCACCCCAUCACGGCCAAGGCCAUCGCUAGGGGUGUGGGCAUCAUCUCCGAGGGAACGGAGACGGUGGAGGACAUCGCCGAGAGACUGAACAUCCCUCUGAGCCAAGUCGACCCCAGGGAUGCCAAGGCCUGCGUGGUGCACGGCUCGGACUUAAAGGACAUGAGCCCCGAGUACCUCGACGACCUGCUGAGGAACCACACUGAGAUAGUGUUCGCCCGCACCUCCCCUCAGCAGAAGCUCAUCAUAGUGGAGGGCUGCCAGAGACAGGGGUCCAUCGUGGCCGUGACGGGCGACGGCGUCAACGACUCGCCGGCCCUGAAGAAAGCCGACAUCGGCGUUGCCAUGGGGAUCGCCGGCUCCGACGUGUCCAAGCAGGCCGCCGACAUGAUCCUGCUGGACGACAACUUCGCCUCCAUCGUCACCGGAGUGGAGGAGGGUCGCCUGAUCUUCGACAACUUGAAGAAGUCCAUCGCGUACACGCUGACCAGCAACAUCCCGGAGAUCUCGCCCUUCCUGCUCUUCAUCUGCCUGAGUGUUCCUCUCCCUCUGGGAACCGUCACCAUCCUCUGCAUCGACCUGGGCACCGACAUGGUUCCCGCCAUCUCAUUGGCCUACGAGACGGCGGAGAGUGACAUCAUGAAACGCCAGCCCAGGAACCCCCGGACGGACAAGCUGGUCAACGAGCGCCUCAUCAGCAUGGCCUACGGACAGAUCGGGAUGAUCCAGGCUCUCGCGGGUUUCUUCACCUACUUCGUGAUCCUGGCGGAGAACGGCUUCCACCCGAGAGACCUGCUGGGCAUCCGCAUCAAUUGGGACGACCGCGAGGUCAACGACCUGGAGGACACCUACGGGCAGCAGUGGACCUACGAGCAGAGGAAGAUCAUCGAGUUCACCUGCCACACCUCCUUCUUCAUCAGCAUCGUCGUGGUGCAGUGGGCGGAUCUCGUCAUCUGCAAGACCAGGAGGAACUCCCUCUUCCAGCAGGGCAUGAAGAACAGGGUCCUGAUCUUCGGCCUGUUUGUCGAGACGGGUCUGGCGGCCUUCCUCUCCUACUGCCCGGGGAUGGACGUGGCCUUGCGCAUGUACCCCCUGAAGCCCCUGUGGUGGUUCUGCGCCUUCCCGUACAGUCUGCUCAUCUUCAUUUACGACGAGGUCCGUAAAUACAUCCUGAGGAAAUGCCCUGGAGGUUGGGUGGAGCAGGAGUCCUAUUAUUAAUAUUCAGAAAAUGUCAGUUUGCAUGUCGGCGUCUGUGUGGGCGUACGAGAGUUUGUGCGCGAUAGUGUUGUGUUUGUCCGUUGUAAUAUUGCACGGAUCAGUUCACAAAUCUGAUUAUCAUAAGAAGGAAUACUGCUGAAAAUAGGCUUUUGAAUCCUCGACGGUAAUGCGCACCUUCAGCAUGUGCCUCAGAUAAUCCGCUACCAAAGGCUACAGAACAACAACAACAAAGGUGGCUCAUGAGAUGAACCGAAAAAUAAAAUAGAUUCCAAAAUG